AUGCAGGAGCGCGAACUAGAGGAAGCUGAACUGAAGAGCGGCACCGCCAGGCCGCACAUCGCCAGGCUGAGGAACAUCAUGAAGCCCGCCCUGUCCCGCGGAGACCUGCAGGUCAUCGGCGCCACCACCAUCGAGGAGUACCGCAAGUACAUCGAGAAGGACAAGGCCCUGGAGCGCCGCUUCCAGCCCGUGACGGUCCCCGAGCCGACCGUGGAGGAGACGCAGCAGAUCCUGAAGGGGCUGGCCCGCAAGUACGAG